GCCGAUGUGGCUCAGAAUCUGAUGGAGCAGCUGGGUGGCGGCGGAAGCAGCUUCGUGCUGGGGCCCUCCGUCUCGGCCGGCGCUUCACGACACGGCCGUACCUCGCCUCGAGAGGCCACUGCUGCUGCCGCUCCCGCCUCCUGCUCGCAGAUCAGCAUGUUGCCCGCUGUGCCCCAGACGGCCGCCUCCAGGCGUGGUGUCUGCAGCCGCAGUCCGCUGAGCGGCUUGCUGCGCUCCACGCCUAGCACCAAAACCAGCCCCAACCCGUCACUACAUCCGUUUGGUCACAACCAGCAACAGCCGUCGGGGCAGCAGCAGGAGCAACAGGAGCAGGAGGACCAGCAGCGGGUUUGCAGCAACCUGUCGAGUGCGUUAGCUCUCAUCCUCACGCCGCAACCGCCCGGAUGGACGGAGCUGCAUGUGAGCUCGGACGGUGCCGUACCCGAUGGCACCUCGGAUGCCACGGCAAAUGGCGGGCGAGACUCAAAGCAUGCGGGUGCCGUACCUGUCGGCCCAGGUGGCAUGCCGGGACCAUUAACACCUCCGGGACUGCUUGAGAAGGCCGCGACGCUAUUGCUGCACAAGGACAAGUCUCGGCGUCGUUCUAGCAUUGACUUUCCAGGUUUGCAAGCGUUGGAAUCAAUUCGUCGUGGCGCAGGCGGCGGCGGGGUUUCAGUAGGGGGCGGUGCUGCCCUGGAGUCGCCGUUCGGCCGGGGCCUUACGAAUGUCAUCUCCACACGGCGGCGGUCUUUGGCCGAGCAUGCGUUCAGCUCCUUGACGCAUGAGCCAAUUGAUGGGGCCACGGCGCCUGGGGAUCUCCGUACAACCGGUCGCAGAUCAUGUGGCAUCUGUACGGCAUCAACAGCGCUAAGUGAGGCCAACAACGCGGUUGCGAUGGUGAGCAAGGAAGACGGCGCGUGCGGGGCAGGGUUCAGCGGCGGUAUGAUCGAUACGGAAGGCGGGGCCGGCUGCAGCGGCGGCGGGGUGGCAGGGCAUUCAGCGGAAAGGCUGGUUCCGCGUCGCCUGUCAGCCGUAAUGAGUUUGUUUGCACGACGUGGCUCUACAGCCAGUCUUGGUAGCCUGCCGCGGGACACCUCCCUGGACGGAGGCGGAAAGUUGGGAUGGCUUGGCGGAGGCGGCGGAGGCGGGAACAACGGUUUCAUCGACGGGAGCUUCAGCGCCACUCGCAAUGCCUCUCUGCCAUGCAACGCUGCGCAUCCCUUGACUCCGUGGGGGCAUGCGGCCUCCGAGGCUUCCCUGCUUGCACCACCCCACAACAGCCGGUUGGGUCAACUGCUUGGUAGCCCCUCGCGGGCAGCCAGCGGCAAAUGCGCGGUGUCCGUGGCGGAUGCAACAGCGGUGGCGGUGGCGGCGCCGGCGCCUAAUGGGAGUGCCGCAGUCACGCCCGCUAGACGACACCUUCCCCCGCCGAUAGCAGUUAUUGAUGAGGUGGAGAGACUGCUCGCGAAGGCUGACAGCUGGCAGUUUGACUCUUGGGCGCUGCAAGAGGCGACGCAGGGUCACGCACUGUCAGCUCUGGGCUUCUAUCUCAUACAGAGGGCGAAGCUGCUGUCGACCUUUCGUCUCAAGCCUGUCACCCUUGCCAGGCUUCUCCGUCAAAUCGAGGCGGGCUACCAGUCUUCCAACCCCUACCACAACGCCACCCACGCCGCGGACGUGCUGCAGACGCUGCACGUGAUCGUGUACUCCGCGCAGCUGCACGUGCACUACCUGGACCCGCUGGGGCUGCUGGCGGCAUACUAUGCGGCGAUCGUGCACGACUACGGCCACCCGGGCCUGACCAGCGACUUCCUGAUUGCCACGUCGGACUCUCUCGCGGUCCGCUACAACGACCGCUCCCCUCUGGAAAACCACCACUGCGCCGCGUCCUUCAGCCUGCUGCUGCGGCCCGAGCUGGACCUGCUGGCGCCGCUGAGCCCGGCGGAGCGCAGCAGCUUCCGCAAGCAGGUCAUUGAGAUGGUGCUGGCGACCGACAUGAAGCAACACUUCUCCAUACUCAGCCACUUCAGCACCGUGCACAGGCUGGCGGCAUAUUCGCAGCAGCAGCAGCAACAGCAGCAGCAGGCGGCGUCCCCUGGUGGGGGACCGGCGUCUAGCAAACAGCCAAAGCAGCUAGCUCGGAGAACCCUGCGCAGGACGCUGUCGCGCGUGUUGAGUUUCACCCCGGACAGCACCCUGGUUUCGGAGCCCUGCGCCGCCUUCGCCGCCAACUGGUCCGAGCCGCCUCCCAAGCCCGUAGACGAGACGGAGCGGCUGCUGAGUCUGCAGGUUGCUCUCAAGUGCGCCGACAUCGGUCACCUGGGUGAGGCGCUGGAGGUGCACAAGCGCUGGCUGGUGGAGCUGGAGGAGGAGUUCUUCCGGCAGGGCGACCGGGAGCGGCAGCUGGGGCUGCCCAUCAGCUCGCUGUUCGACCGCGCCAAGCAGGGAGUCAGCAAGAGCCAGGUGGGCUUCUACGAGUUCGUGGCGCUGCCGCUGGUGCACGCGCUCAGCAGCGCCUUCCCGGGAGCGCAGCCGCUCAUGAGGUGCUUCGUGCAAAACUACAACCACUGGCGCGUACUGGAUGGGCAGCAGCCUGUGGAGGUCCCCAAAGGCAAGGAGCAGGCGGCGGAUGAUGAGUCAAGACGCGAGUCCCAAGAGCAGCGACGCCCCUCCCAGCGGCGAUCGCGGCAGCAGGAACGGGAGUCGGAGCAGCAGGAACCCGAAAAGGUGGUGGAACCGCUGGGGUCGAUGCUGCUGUGCGUGCCGGAUGCGGCGAUCCUGACUGCUGCGGACCUCCAGCAAACAAAUGACAAUGUGUAGGAGGCAAGGGGAAGAACGAGAGGAGGAGGGCGGGUGAGGUAAGAAGGGAGGCGAUAACGAGAGCUUGCAUGGAAAAAGGCAUGAAGACGCUACGUAACGGGCUUGCAUGGAAGCAUUGGUUAUGGAGGGUUCCAUGGUCGCUGGGCCCAUAAAUUUCAUGGGCCCGGCAUUGCCUAAACACGCCUGCCCUAGCGAGAUGGUGCAGCUUGUGGUAGACUUCCAUGCAUGUUCAAGAAACUUUGAUGCCAGCCCCAACAGAAGUAUGGAAAGGAAGAAACCAAAGGAACGUUGCACUCUUCAGGUGCCCGCAUGGGGCCGCAUGUGUUUGUAUGCAUGGCUUUAAGAGUGCAUUUAGCACGGGCGUUGCAUUCUUUAUGCGUUCAAGUGCAGAGCAGGAGGAACCGAGUACUGAGGUUUGCGGCACGGUUGGGGAUGCGGGGCGCA